GUCAAGGCAACUCCAUGUCACCCACACCCACACCCAGACCCAUCGACGCGUUAAUUCAUGCACGUGAAGCACGUCAGCACUGUGAGUGUACCAUCCGUCCACCCCUUCAUCAUCCCUUCAUCAAUGAAUGCACCAUUCGAUCACAAAUACGUCUUCCUUCCAAUGGUGGGCGGCCGGACGCACAAACCCAGCCAGCCACCUGCCAUGCCACCCCUUCGCCCCGCCCUCUCUCUUGAUCCAUCUGUGCUGGCAGGGCCGGCCAUUCAUCUCUCUGUUUGUCUAUCUUGUGAUUGCUGUAGCGGCUGCUGCAUCCCCCGCGGUGGCCGACGACACGAACACAGGUGUGAGCACCAUCGUGACCGUGGCCACCAACUUGAUCAACACAUGUACCGAUGGACCUGCACACCAUACCAAGACACCAGAAUGUCCAUACGUCCACCAUAUGAAUCUCCCUGCUUACCGGCAGUGUCUUUUGAUGGGUCUCCCACUGUGUCGCCCACCACGGCGGCCUUGUGGGUGUCGCUGCCCUUACCGCCAAGCGCACCUAAACAUAACAUACGCAGACAUUCGCACAUCACAUCCAUACGAGUGCACACACUGGAUAGACAGAACGGCUCCGCACCUCACCUGUCUCGACGUAUUUCUUGGCGUUGUCCCAUGCGCCGCCAGCGUUGUUGAGGAACAGCGCCAUCAAGAUACCUACACACAUGACACACACACACACACACACAUGUAUGGCAAAAAGGCUCUCCCCCUCUCCCCUCCCUCUCUCUGUGGCCCACCGCACCGGUGGAUGUGCUGAACAUGAGAAAGGACGCAAUCACCUGCGCACCUGCAGGCACCAAGACAGACAGACAAGCAACAACCAAGCCACUAAUUGACCAGCACUGUGAGGGCUGUCAAUGCCGUCGGGUGGCUCACCGAGGAAAGGCUUAUUCCAAUACGACCCCAGCAACCUGCAUCAAGGACAGACAGACAGGCAGCCAUGGACACCUGUGUGUAUGGUUUAUGCAUACGUCCCGAAUGUACCUAAACACAAAUCCCACAGCCAAUGGCGAGAGGACGGAGAGCAGCCCGGGCUUGACCAUCUCACGCAGCGCUGCACGGGAGACUAUCGCCACACAUGCUGCAGCCAUGAGAGCAACACGCACGAGUUGAGUGGCGUGCGGACGUCUGGAUCGUAUGUGCGUACUUACUGUGGUAGUCAGGUUUUUCGGCGAAGUCCAUGAUCCCGGGGCACUCUGAGAACUGUCUCCUGACCUCCUUGACGACCUCCUGUGCGGCCCGGCCGACCGACUCCAUUGCCCAGCUGCUGAAGAGGAACACCAUCAUCGCCCCGAUCAGCCCCCCUAUGAACACUGAACAGAACAGCCACAUGCACCGCACCCGGACAGACAGACACGCAUAGCAUAAGAAGGAGGAGGAACAUCUGGUUGAGUGUGGGGGCGUAGGUACCUUCAGGUUGGGCCAGGUCGACCACUUCGAAUGUCUUGCCCGUGUAAACCGUCACCUGUGCACCCACACCCACACCACACAUAGGUCCACACCAAUGUUUGCGGUGUCUGCCGGCGCGCACCUCGUCCAGAAACGCAGAGAAUAGGAGGAAACACGCGAGUGACGCGGAGCCGACUGAGAAGCCCUUGGUGUUGGCCUUGGUCACGUUGCCCACAGCAUCCAGACGAUCGGUGAUGGCCCUGCACAUUCACACACACACACACACACAGGGCCAGAGGUGAGGUGCGAGCGAAUUAAGACAGGCAGGGUGUGUCUGUCCGUCCGUUGGUUUGUUUCGUUGUACCUGACUUGUUCGUCCUGUUGGCUCAUCUCGACGAUGCCGCCCGCAUUGUCGGCGAUGGGACCGAAACUCGACAUGCUGACCGAUGGAUGGAUGGAUGCCACACAGACAGAUGGAUCAGUUGCUUGGUGGGAGGAGGGGUGUUUACCUGAGGACGAAGACGGCAGUGCAGAGCAUCCCCAUGGUGGCCACUGCCGUCCCGAACAGCCCUGCCAUCGUCUUGCCCGUGCCUAAGAUCUCCGUCCCCACACCUACACACAACACACAGCACUCAGUCGGUGUCUGCCCACGGCCUGCCUGCGUGCGUGCCCGACUGACCGAGGUAGUAGGAGAUGAUGACAGCGACGGAGAUGCAAAUCACAGGGAGUGCUGUGCUCUCCAUGCCCACCGAUAUGCCGGCGAUGAUGUUGGUGGCGGGGCCUGUCAGGGAGGCCUCGGCGAUGCGCUUGACCUGUGGGUACUCGUAGUCGGUGUAGUACUGCGUUAUGAUCACAAACAGGAAGGCGCACACCAUCCCCACAGCACCGCACCCCGAGAAGUGCAGCCACGCCCUUGGCUGGUCCUCGAAAUACAGAAAAUACCUACAUGCACCCAAUCGGAUGGAUGGAUGGAUGAGUGUGUGGGGUGCGGUGGUGUGAGCUGACUGACCUGCAGAGUCCCGCGAAGCCAACGAUGCUCAUGAUGCACGUGACCAUGUACACGCGAAUCAUGAUCUUGAGAGGGUCCUCGGGGGCCCCCGCCGCGCUGUCUGCGUCGGGCAGGCCCUUCUUGGUCCGCACCAGCAGAAUGCCGAUCGACGACGUCACCAAGUCCAUGCAGUGCACACCCAGGGGGAACAACACGAACCCUGCCGCGGCGGCGUCCGGCAGCUUGGCCUCGUCGGCCAGGGCCCCUCCCAGGAUCAUGGCACUGAUAAUCUCGGCAGCGAUGCUCUCAAACAGAUCCGCACACUGACCCGCACAGUCGCCCACAUUAUCGCCGACGAGGUCGGCGAUGACGGCGGGGUUUCUGGGGUCGUCCUCAGGGAUGCCGGCCUCCACCUUGCCCACCAGGUCGGCCCCCACGUCUGCACCCUUGGUGUAGAUGCCGCCCCCCAGCUGCGCAAACAUGGCCACCAGGGACGCGCCAAAGCCGUAGCCGACGAUCAGCAGCGGCAGCCGGACAAAGGGAAUCGCCGGGAGGAAGAUCCGCAGGAAGAGGAUGAUGGUUGAGAUGCCACCCACGGCGAGGGCGACGUUGACGACUGAGCUGAUGGCGCCGCCUCUGAAACACAGCUGCAGCGCCUCGUUGUAGCACCUUCGUGCAGCAGACGCCACCCUGAUGUUGGCCCGCACGGACACCCACAUGCCGGAGUAGCCCGCGAGUGCGCUGCAGAGUGCGCCGACGAUGAAAGUGAAUCCUGUGAGGAAUGCGAUGCCGUAGGUGGAGAGGUACUGGAUCUCGCCAGGGCCGGCGUUGCUGUCCUUGGCCAUGUAGAUGAGGAUGAUGACGAACGUGAAGACAAACGAUAUCUUGACGAUAGUGCCGUACUGCACGGCAAAGAAACCCUCAGCGCCCUCGCGAAUGGGCUCGGACACCUCGCGCAUCGCAACCGUGCCCCUGUCAGCCAGCCAGGCCAUCCAAAGGCAUUACAACGUGUGCAUGUGUGUGGUUGGUUCGUUGCUCACUCACUCGUCGAAUGCACUGAGCCAUGAGAGAAGCCAUAGUGAGAAGAGGAUGGCGCCGAUGGCGAUGAGUAUGGCCGCCAGGACGACAAAUAUGGCGAAGUCGGAGCAUAUCAGCCACAGCAGGAACAAGACGCCGAAGAACCCGCCCGUCACCGUGAUAGUCAGCGUCGACCGAGCCGGCAGGUCCAAAGCAUUGUACGCCGACACCUGACGCAACGCACACACACAAUCACCACACCAUGACAACCCACCGACCCAGUCAGUCCAUCGUGUGUGCGUGCGUGCGGACGAUUCUCUCGAUGUCGGUUUCCUUGGCCUUUUCGCUUUUGCCGUAGAAGCCGACGGUGCUCGUGUGUGGUCCGCCCGCAGAGUAGUGGCCGGCGUGAGUGUGGUAGGGAAGCAACUCACGCUGCUCACUGCUCAUGUUGCCACUACGAUGCAUUGACUAACAGUGACCGUCGACACGUCACAAUCAGUCUCCACCGCACAAACUCUGGUGAAGCCGCUGGAGACCAGAGAAUUGCUGCAGAAACACACGCAGAGAAAGGCGAUGGUGCAGAAGGUCUGUGUGUUUGUGUGUGCGUGUGUGCAUCACACCUCUCUCAGGAAUGACGGUUCCUCUUCCAACAGGUGUCUGUCGAAAACCACACCAGCAGGCAGGAAGGUAGAUCCCCGCUUCACCAGGAUGCGCUUCUAAGCAGAUCUGCUUUGUUUGUUGAGGUGUCGGCGCCUGCCGCCAGUAGUUGCUCCUUCUCCACAGCGCCUUGCCCUCCAC